ACCAUAUGAUUGGCCAUAUGAAGAGGCUCGUCGGCUUUUUAAAGAACCACUAGUCUGCAUGGAUGAUGAGCAACUUGAUCUGAAGUGGAGUGCUCCAGAUACUGAAGGGUUGAUAACCUUUCUGGUGAAUGAAAGUGGAUUCAAUAUUGACAGAGUGAUGAAGGGAAUAGAGAAAAUUAAAGCAGCCAAGAACAAGUCCUCACAGGGCCGGUUAGAGUCAUUUUUUAAGCCAGUUGCUAACACAUCUGCACCAAUUAAACGGAAGGAACCUGAGAAGACAGCUAAAGAAACUACUAAUAGAAAGCUCAAGGCUGGUGGGGGUAAGAAAAAGAAAUAGUUGAACUGCUUUUGGAUAAGAUUAGACUUUUUUUUUGAUGUAUCUUUACUUUUAACUUAUUGGCUUUGUAUUUUCAAAUACGGUAAAUUGGAAACUUUGAUCUUUGAUUAGUGUA